UUCCCACGACUGAAAAAAAAGAAACAGUGCUCUAGAUAACAACCCCUUGCAUGUAAUGCAGAAACUAAAUCCACAGCAGAAAGAAUGCAUCUGGUAACUAGGCAACCAGCCUUCAAACUAACACCGAAAGAAAGACGACGACUCCAGUAAACACACACAGCUCUUCAACUUCUAACAAACUCACAAUAAAAUAAGUAAUGUCAUGAUGGUGCAAACAGGACCAGUGUACUUCUAUGACCAGCUAAAAACGAGGGCAGUUAAGCGAAGUAAGAAGAUCCCUGAAGAAUUACCUUCUGAUAUGAAGUACUUAAACAUUAAUCCUCGUCUGGCCAGCUUCAUUAACAGCCUGAACAGGAAUAAAAAAGGAGGUCCCGCUCAAGCUGAGAGGAAGCAAAAUCCACUUCCCAAGGAUGAAAAAAUGCACAAAGAAAAAUAUGCGGUAUUACCUGAAAUCGGCAGCUCUACUUUACAAAAGAACGCUGUGGAGAUCAGUAACCAAAAACUCAGCCAUGUCAUCACCGAUGAAGAACACUUCAUGAACCCCUUUGAUGAUUAUAAAUAUGUUGCUCCAACACUGUUAUAUGAGCUUGGGAAACUACUGCAAUUUUUCUCUCAGUAUGAGAUCAUUUUUCCUCAGGGUGUAGUGAAUGUGCUUAACUAUAGCUGGCAGGAGCUCAUCGAGGGUGCGGUAUACACAAAGAAACAUUGUCAGUCCUCCAAGAAGAUGACAACAGACACAAGUAUGGCCCCUGAGGAGAGUGACUACAAAGCACCUGGAGCAAGCACAGCACCCCCUGAGACUGUAGACAAUGUAAAGUACAUUAAAAAUAAGGCUAAUGCCACCCUUCUGGAGCACGGCAAGGAGAAAGCAGGCCAAGAACUUCCACAGUCCAAGCCUACAGGAAACAGAUCUCCUCAGAUUUUUGCAUCACAUGUACCAGUCACCAUCAGUUUCUCUAUGUCAUCAAGAGUAUGUGAAGAUAAAGGGUGGAUUUUUGAAAGAAAGGACUCUAAAUCUGAAGAAAUGGAAUUGAGAGGUUUAUUUUCCUGGGCGCUAGAGAGACUGCAGCUUGCACAGAUCCAAAUAAACAAACAAUUAUCAAGUUUAAAUGACAAGGGUUUCAACAAGCAAGUUAUUCUUCGACACUAUGGUGGUACCAAAAAGGAUCCAAUAUUGAAACAAAAAAAGAAUAGUAAACCUCCUGUAUUUGCACUGAUGAAUGGAAAACCACAUAUCCCAGAGAUCAGGCGGGACAAUCCAUCUCUGCAAAAACUCCACUAUGCUUUGAUAGAUGGCUCCUCAAUGGUUUAUUAUCCAACUGGGCAACUGGCUGUGUGUCAAAGUCACUCAGGCCUUUCAUAUGGAGGACUUUAUACUAACAUCUUCUCUCCAGAUGAAGAUAUUCUGGGUACAUUCACUCCAUUUGGACAUGGCAGCGUUUUUUUUCCUGACAGCAAUUGUUACAUACUGCACUAUAAUCAGACUGGUGGAGUAAUGAGUGACAAAGAAGGAGAGACUAUAAAAGAAUGGGACUGGCCAAAGAAAGGAAAAUUACCUGACCCUAUUACAUUACAGGUCAAUGAAUACCUCUCUAUUAAAAUUUCUGGGCAGUUUGCCAUUAGUUUGACUUACAAAUGGCAGCAUGAGUUUGUACGUUUAUUUCUCUCACCACUUCAGGACAUCCCUCCUCCACAGGCUGAAGAUCUGGGUCAACUUAUAACAAAUGAAAACUUUUCAUCAAGAACUGCCAAAGAAAUGGCCAAGGGGAACAGAAAGAAGGCCAAGGAGAAGGAUUUAAAGAGAAGUACAAAGAAAACUACAAUUUUAUCUGAGCUGGUAAAAACACUUGAAAUUCCUGAGGACCACAUCAGCCCUUCAAAUGACGUAAAUGCAGUGACUGAGCUCCGGAGACUACAACGAAAGAUCAGAAAUAUUGCUGAGGAUUGGAUGGAGCAUUAUAGUUUGGCUUCCGGACUUGAUUCACCUCACAUACAGAGGAUGUCUGACGCACCUCCCAAAACAUCACGCAAAAGGAAAGUCCAAUCUGCUACUUCUUUCCCAAUAAGUACACCCGUGUCGAAGACUCAGCCUGUCAUAGAAACAGAAACAGAAGCUAGGAAUAUACCAAGCAAAGAAGGUUCUCAGCCAUACGGACGCUUUCUGUCAGCACCUGUCCGUGCUCCUUUUACACGCUGGGAUAGAUCCCUAAGCUCUGCUUCCCCCAGGCCUUCCUCAUUGUCAAGCACCAAAAAGGAGCACACAUCUGCUGAUCCAAUCUUUAGUAAAAGUCUAUCCGGCUUAAAUAUUGUUAGUAAGUCAGUGCCUGAAACAGCACUAUCAGUUCCUGUAGGUAUUCUUGAACAAGAAUCUGAAAAGCUAUGGCACACAUCACACUACACAUGCCCUGUGGUCUUACAGAAAGUCCUGUUGGGUGAGGAAGGUGGGAUAUGUAGGUGUAGUAACCACCAGAUCCCCUAUGUCACAGACCUGGAGUUUGACCAGCUUGUUAACAAUAAAUUGUUGCCUUCAAAGCAAAUCAUUGUUAUAUGUGUUGUGUCCUCGCUGGAUUCAGAGGAACAGCACAGACCAGAUGUGCUUGAUCAAUUGUAUGAAAAAAAGAACAAAUACAGAAGUAUGCCAUGCAUGCAGAGCCGACUAGACUCUUUCCGCCUAUUGAAGUACGACAUUACCAAUUGCAAUCUGUACACUGUUCACGAGGAUCCUUUGCUUGUUCAGAGGCACAAUGCAGCGCCUGGAAUGUUCCUGAUGUAUAUUUAUGGGAAGCUGAUGUUUGCCAACUAUAUUUUAAAUGGCUAUAGCAGAUCCAUAAAAGAUCUUCAGAAACAAAUAGUGAAAACUAGGAAUGAAUAUCAGACAGGAAACCAUUUGCCCAGCGACUUUAAGUUUGGAUAUGACAGACAUUUGAACGUUUCUUCAAUCAAUGCAAUGUAGACAUAAUACAGUUCUUGAAAUUGCCUCUCCCAGAUAAUAUUGAUUAAACCAGGACAUGAUGUACAAUCACCCCCAUGGCCCAUGUACCAGUGUAUGAAGAAGACGGCUCUGUUCCUUAUGACAGAUGUAAAGCAUAUUCUAAAACAUGUAUAAAAUAACCCACAUACUAGAACUGUGACCACUCAUCAUGCCAGCCUGUAUGACAUGGUCUUCCUGCUUCAUCACUAAGAUCUCAACAUCCAGCUAACCAUGAUGCAGAAUAAAAAUGUUGUCAACGUGA